CCACAGACUGGAGUGAGUGACUGGGAAUGGCGGGCGGUAAAAUGCAGAUGGUGUUAGCUUUGUUCUUGUUUAUUAUGCUUGUUAAUCUUCCUCCGAUCCACGGCUGGGGAACCGAUGGCCAUUCCAUAAUUUGUAAAAUUGCUCAGUCCCGGCUGAGCGGCGCAGCAGUGGAUGCCGUGAAGGAAUUGCUGCCGAAAUGGGCGGAAGACGAUCUCGGGAACUCGUGUUCGUGGGCGGAUCAAGUCAAGUUCCGUUACCCGUGGUCGUCACCUCUUCAUUUCAUUGAUACACCUGAGAGCUGCAGUUACCAGUAUACAAGGGACUGCAAAGAUGAAGAUGGAGCAGCCGGGAGGUGUGUUGCUGGUGCAAUUAACAACUACACUUCUCAGCUUCUUACCUACAACUCUGCCUCAAACGAAUCUCAAUAUAACCUCACGGAAUCGCUUCUUUUCCUCUCUCAUUUCAUGGGAGACAUCCAUCAGCCUUUGCACGUGGGGUUUGCAUCAGACAAGGGAGGCAACACCAUUUAUGUCCACUGGUAUACAAGAAAGGCAGUUCUUCACCAUGUCUGGGAUACCAAUAUAAUUGAGACAGCCGAAGAGAGGUUUUUCAAUACAAGCCUAGAUUCCAUGGUUGAUGCAAUCCAACAAAACAUUACGAGUGAAUGGGCAGAUCAAGUCAAAAGAUGGGAGACCUGUAAUUUUAACAAGACAGCAUGCCCUGACAUAUAUGCAUCUGAAGGUAUCAAAGCAGCAUGUGAUUGGGCAUAUAAAGGUGUCCAUCAAGAAUCUGUACUUGAAGAUGAUUAUUUUUUAUCACGGUUACCGGUCGUUAAUCGGAGGUUAGCACAGGGAGGAGUUCGAUUGGCUGCAACUCUGAACCGUAUCUUUGGAUGAAAAAGGAGGCCUAAAUGACCCAUCCUGUUUUAUUUGAUUGAGAGUUGUGUAUGAAACAAGCUCUAUCUUAAGUUUAUGAAAUAAGUUAAUGGGACUGAAUUCGAAUAGUUUAAUUUUGCUGGACUUAAAUGUGAGUU